AUGAAGUUCUCUGCUGUCCUCGCUCUCAUUCCCCUGGCUGCUGCCCUUCCUCAGGCCCCUGCCGUCGAGCCCCGAACUAUCGAGCCCCGAACUGCAUGCUCUGAUACGCGAGACACUUGCGUUGUCAAGUGCCGACCUACUGGACUUGGCUACAUCUACUGCGUGAGCAGCUGCAAUGCCGCCUAUCUGUGGUGCAAGGCCGACAGCGACGACGAGUAA